AAGCUGGUCUCACACUAGUCAUUUCUUGCUCGCGGUUUUGGCCAGCAUCCAGCCGAUGCUCGCGAGCAAAAGUGUUGUAUCGUCACACUAGGAUCUCGUGGUUUCGAGGAGCAGUAGGAAAAAGUAAACAAAACUGAUCAGCUGAUAUCAUCAUGGCGCCCGGAAAUCGUCGGACUGUUGCAAGAUGUGCUGCAGUGAUGUGUGUUCUUGGAGUCUUACGUGAAUGCAAGAGCAACAAAAAACGUUUGUGGGUUCGAGAGUGGCUCAGGAGAAGAGAGGAUAAAGGUAUCUUUGACAACUUGUGUCGGGAAAUGAGGUUGGGAGAUGACGCUGCCUUCUACAACUACCACAGAAUGAACAAAGAAGAUUUUGAUUAUCUCUUGAGGCUUGUUGGGCCCAAGAUUGCUAAGCAAGACACCAGGAUGAGAAAGGCUAUUCCACCAGAACAGAGAUUAUCAGUCACAUUGAGGCACUUGGCCACAGGUGAAUCAAAAACAUCCCUGGGAUAUUCCUACAGGAUCAGCCCAAACCUCCUUUCAAGUGUCGUUCCUGAGGUGUGUGAGGCCUUAUAUGCAGCUCUGCAACCGUUAUAUAUGAAAAUGCCUACAAAUGAAGAGGAAUGGCUUCGCAUCCAAGCAGAAUUUCAUUCUCUCUGGCAGUUUCCAAAUUGCUGUGGUGCUUUAGAUGGGAAAAGAGUUCUUAUAGCCAAACCUCCAAAAUCAGGUUCAACAUAUUAUGACUACAAAUGUCAUUUCAGCUCCAUACUUCUUGCCCUUGUCGAUGCGAAGCUGAGAUUCAUUUAUGUAGAUGUUGGUAGUGCAGGACGUGCCAGUGAUGGAGGUGUAUGGGAGAAAUGCUCUUUGAAAAAGGGCACUUGA